UUAUAUUCAGAUAUCUCAGCAGCAACAUAUGGAAGAAAUUUAAACAAAUGGACACUGCCAGACGUUUCUUGGUCUUCGACAUUUACAAUAAUUUCUUGAAUUUCUGCCUCAGUGGGAACACAGCCUAAAGUAAAUGCACAACAAUUUAUGAAGAGUAAUAAUCAUGAUUAAUAAUAAUGAUAAUGUUUUGUCAAAUAGUUGAAAGUUAAAUUACCUAAAGAUCUUAUGAUGGUACCAACUUCUCUAAUAUCCACGGUUUUGUUACCCGCGUGAUCAAAUACUUCAAACGCUUCUACAAUUUUUCUCUCCAGAUCAUUUGUUAUCAGAGCUAUACAAAGACAGGUGAAAGUGAAAAAUGUUUUUAAAAAAGUCAAUCUUGAGUAAAUGUUUACCUUCUAAAUCUUGAGCUGCUUUUCCUCCCGGCGAAGCUUUUUUGGGGCUUUGGCCAGCUGUAUCUGUUGUUUUCAUGUUUAAUGAAUUUAGACAAAACCAAAGGAUUAUAUUAUUAGUUUGGUAUCUACGUAGAAUUUGUUUGAUGUCAAGGCAACGAUAUAUCGAAAGAAAGAAUUAAGUUUGAAUUAACCGCCAGCGGUUGACGGAGGUAUCAAGCAGGCUUUGGAAUAUUUCUGUGGCCUGCUGGCGGCGUUUAGGUUUGGCUAGUGUUUGCAUGUUUGGUUUGUUUUGAUUCGGUUAGUGCCGGGCUCUUAGAGAGUAUUUGUUUUCUGUGUAUGUCCAGCCGAAAUUGUGAAUUAUCUUCAUUGUGAAAAACUGUGCAGGAUAUAUUUAAAAUAGUUCGCGAUUUUAGAUAUGAAUCCCUCGAAGCUCAAAGUUGUUGAACUUAGAGCAGAAUUAGCAUCGCGUGGCUUAGAUACUAAGGGCGUUAAAGCUGCUUUGGUUGAACGACUUCAAGAAGCUCUUGAUAAAGAGACAGGAGGAGUGUCCUCAGAGAAGUCAGAGGAAACUCCUGACAAUGGGAACGCAUCUGAAAGCAAUGAAGUUGAGUUGAAUGAGACUGCCGCCGAAACUACACUAUCUCAAUCAGAGGAACCUGAUGUUGAUGAGACCAUUACUAAUAACGAAAUAGAAACAGAAGAACCUGUGUCUGAAAAGGAAAAAGAACAACCAGAUCAGCCAGAAGAGACUCCCGAAAGUGAAAGUAAACAAUUACCUGAAAGUGAGGAAACCCAGGUUGAAAACUGCCAGGAAUCUUCUGAAAAUUGCAACCCCGAAACAGAGGAAAACAGUGAGAUUCCUGUGAAACAAGAAUCCUCUAGUAGUGAACAAAACACAGUUCAGGAUAAAGAAAGUGAAGACUGUGAGAUGGCAGAAACUAAUGGAACUUCAGUUAAGAAAGAAGGCUUUGAGAAUGAGCCUGAAGAGCAUGAUGUAAAAAUGGAGCAUGACAACGGCGAAGUAAAGAUCAAGACUGAGCCACAAGAUGUUAAGGAAGAACGAGAUAAUCGGGACAGUGAGAGACAAGAUCGUAAGAGAAAACGCUCUCCGAGCCCACACCGAAAAGAUUGGAAUAGCGUCAAAGCCACUGCUAAAGAUGACGAACCAGGACUAAAUGAAAAUGACAUUGUUCUCAGUUGGUAUGAUUCUGACCUGAACUUGAUAAUUGAUAAAGACACGCUAUUGAAGGCCUCUCCUUUAAGCGAUGCUGGCUUUGGCUAUAUUUGGGCCGGAGUUCGAGGUACCCAUGGAUUUACCAAGGGCCAUCUUGUGUAUCAAGUUAAGUUAACAGAGUUUUGCGAUAUUUCUCACCUAGAAAAUGAACCCAACCCGAAUGUUCUGCGUGUCGGUUGGUCAGCGCUUGGAACAUCCAUGCAGUUAGGUGAGGAACCUUUGUCUUAUGGAUAUGGUGGAACUGGAAAAGUUUCUGUCAACUGCAAGUUCCAUGAUUAUGGUACUAGUUUUGGUCUUGACGACGUUAUAACAACCUAUCUUGAUUUUAAUGAAGAUGCCAUAGUUAUUAGUUAUUCAGUGAAUGAAAAUUUCCAUGGCGAAGCAUUUAGGCUUUCGGAGAACGACCUCAAGGGACGUGCUCUUGCACCACACGUUUUAACUAAGAAUGUUAGGUUUGAAGUGAACUUUGGUCAAGUCGAACCUUGGUUUCCGAUCAGGACUGGAUACACCUUUGUCAACCAGGUCCCUGUGGAACAGUGUAUUGCAGGACCUCGAAGACCUGAGAAGAAAUCUGAUUGUGAGAUGAUCAUGAUGUGUGGUCUCCCUGGCUGUGGAAAGACUUACUGGGCUAACAAACACUGCGCUGCUAAUCCUAGUAAACUGUACAAUGUUAUCGGUACCAAUGCUCUCAUUGAUAAGAUGAAGGUGAUGGGUCUGCCAAGGAAGGCCAAUUAUCACGGCCGUUGGGAUAUCUUAAUUGAAAAGUGUACCAAGUGUCUGCAGCGGUUGAUGGACAUAGGCUGCCGUCGUCAAAGAAACUAUAUUUUGGAUCAGACUAAUGUAUAUCCGGCUGCCCAAAGGCGCAAAAUGCGCAAUUUUGAGGGUUUCACCAGGAAGGCGGUUGUAAUUGUCCCUACUGAUGAGGAAUUCAAGAGAAGGGUCAAUGAGAGAGAGCAACUCGAAGGCAAAGACGUUCCGGACUCAGCAGUAAUGGAAAUGAAAGCCAAUUUCACUUUACCUGAUAAAAGCAUCUUUAGUGAAGUAAUAUUUACUGAGCUCGAUGAAAAUGAAUCAAGGAAAUUAGUUAGAAAGUAUAAUGAUGAGGCUAUAACCGCCGGGUAUGGAAAGAAAGGUCCUCAAGGACCUCCUGCCAAGAGGUUUAGAGGAGGUGACUUCCAACACGGACCACAAACACCUGGUGGCAGGCAUGAUGGCUUCAGGGGCAGGUCCAAUCCACCUGGUGGGCACCAGUUCAGAAGAGGGGGUGGUGGUGGCGGAGGAGGUAGCCGCGGCGGAGGUGGCGGUGGAUGGCAUCAAAGACAAGCUGGUGGAGGAGACAGGUGGAGGGAAAACAGAGGUGGUGGCGGCGGCGGCAUGAUGAGAAACCAUGGAGGGGGUGGGUAUAACAGACAAGGUGGCGAUAGGCAACAGCAACAGGGCGGCUGGAGAGCAGGCAACAGUGGGGGUAGCAGGGGCCCCCGUGAAAACUAUGGAGGCGGUGACAGGAACAGGAUGGGUGGUGGUGGUUAUGACAGGAACCAAGGAGGUGGCAACAGGCCGCCUGGUGGUAACAGAGGUGGAGCUGGGGGAAGUUAUAGCAGGGACAACAGGAAAGACACUAGGCCAACUCAGAAUAAGAGAGGUGGAAGUGGGGGUGCCAGCGGAGGUACUAUAGCCAGCUCAGGAGGUCAAUGGGGAGGCCAAUACCAGGGCAGCGGCGGGCAGCAAGGAGGUGGCCAAUCGUGGGGCGGGCAGCAGCAGAGCUGGCAGCAGCCUCAGCAACAGCAGCAGCAGCAAUGGGGGAGCUACCAGCAACCCCAGCAGCAGCAAUGGAAGGGUGCUUAUAACCAGGGCGGUAGCGGUGGUUACAGCCAACAACAAGGAAGUGGUGGCGGACAAAGCGGUUACAACCAACAAGGUGCCCAAGGUGGUGGCUUUGGCCAGCAAUAUGGUGGAAAUUGGCAACAGUAUGGAGGGUAUGGUGGAUAUGGCCAACAAAGCUGGGGGCAGCAGGGCUGGCAGCAGUGGUACGGCCAAGGAGGAGGAGGGAACCAAGGCAGCGCAGCAAUACAGCCACCGCCUACCAAAUAAAUAUCACAUUCCUAACAAGUUAUUUGCAGAAUUAACUUUUAAGGUGUAAAUACUUGGUUUUGUGUCCAAGUAGUACUAUUGUAUAAAACUAACAUGAGAAUUUUAAUAAGUUUUAACAAUUUUGAUGCAGUUUUUGUCUGUUUCAUACAUAAAUUAUAUGUAUAUGUGAGUGUGUAUGUUUUUAUAUAUAUAUAAUAUACAUAUACAUAUAUAUAUGAAAUGCGUGUGUAUAUAUUUUCAUUUACAGUGUUAAUUAGGUUGACUAAUUGAUUACCGAUUGUGUUAUUUUAAGUUAUUUUAAAAUGUAUUACUGAGUUAUUAUAUAAAAAAAGAAAGAAAUAGAAACUCAUUUUACAAAAAAAUUGUUUUAUUUAUACCAUAAUAUAUGAUACUAACAUGUGAUUCACUUCACUGUAAUCUUUUGGAAUAUUUUCUGACAUUUUUUUUAUAUGGUCCAGUCCUUCAGCUAUCAUCUGCUUAGAUAUCUGUAUCCUCGAGGUGUUCAUGUCGUUUUCCCAUCUUUUCAACGUUUCUGAUUCUUCUGUUUCAUUCAAAUAAAGGACUUUGAGAACUUUUUGUUCUUUGAGUAGAACUUGGGCUGAAUUAUAAUCUCUAUUCGUUAACAACGAUAAGCUCUUUUCUAUCACCCAUAACAAUAAGUAAUGUGUUUCAUUAUUUGUAAGCCUGGCAUACAAAAUAAUCUUACUAACAGCUAUUUCUUUCCCGAUGACAUUCUUAAUUACUGAAAUAAAAUCGCACAGCCCAGUAGUGUUCGUCUCCUUUUGAUUUAAAUCUUUGAACUUGACCGAUGAAUUCCAAAACAGAUGACAAUUUCUUUCCCUUAUUCCGAGCCAGGCUUGACAUUGAUCACAGAAAACUACUUUUUCAGAAGAGUCGACUUGAGGAUGAACAUUUAUUUGAACAUAAUAUAAACCGUACAAGCAAUCUUCUGGUUUAAGUUUUAUAUCGCUGUUUGAGAGAUGAUUGUGACAAAAGAAAUCACCUGUGUCAAAACUGGUCGGAAGGGGAAGGAUUCUUCUGAAUUUAAAAGGUUGGUUGUUGAAAGGAGUAGAACAUUGUCUGCAGAAGAUGUUAACUUCCUCAUUGGUCUUGAAAUCUGGUAUAUAAUAAUCGCUUUGCGUACUGCAUGAUAUGUCACUACUGCUUUGUUCCUUAAAUAGCAUUUCAUUUUUAAAACAACCGUAUAUUUUGUUCGGCUCUAUUCUGACCCGAAACUGAAUUGAAUGAUCUGAUAUUUUAAGGCCAGAAAGACUAUCACAGGCAAUAGUUAUGUUUUCAAUAUUUAUAACCCAUAUGUCUUGAUUGCUGCUCCCCUUGAUGAAGAUUUUGUCAGAGGCAGGAAUCACAUUUGAGACUUUUAUACAUUUGUUCAUUUUAAUAAAAAAUUGACAAGAGCCAAUUAUAGGGCGUAGUUCAGCAACCACAGUGCAACAAUCCAUUUUAAUUGUUUUCUUUAACUGGUGUUAUUAUGCCUAAAAAAAAAAGAAUUAAAAAUAAGUAAGAAAAA